CCUGCAGCUCCAGAUCCUCAUCCACCGCAUGAAGAUUUGCCCUGAUCUGACCUGAAAACGCAGAAAAAUGGCCACCAAAGCUGCAGCUCUGAUUUUACUGGGUCUCAUCUGCAUUGAGUUUGCUUCAGCUCAGAUUGCGGUGGAUUGCUGCCUGAGAGUGGAGAGUGAAAAGCGUCUGAACCCCAGAAACCUGGUGAGCUACAGCGUCCAGAGAGCCGGGAUGGGCUGCGACAUCAGCGCCACUGUGUUUGUCAACAGGAAAAACAUGAAGCUCUGUGUCGUUCCUGCUGAAGGGAAUCCAGGAGUGCAGAAACUCAUUGACUUUUUGGAGAAGAAAAGACAAAAUCAUCACUAAAAAAAUGUAAAAACAU